AUGUCUCUUCAAGAGAAAAUGAAUUUGCAGGCGGAAGCAGCAGCAGACGCGCGGGAACUUUUGGAGAUUUAUUUAAAAUCCAACAAAAUGAAAAAUAAAUACCUUUUCAAUCACAACAACACCACUAAACCCGCAGGCUGCAGCAGCAGCGCUGCGGGGGCCCCCCAGGUGCCCCGGGAGGGCCUCGAGGAGCCUCACGGGGGCCCCGGGGGGCCCCCCGAGGGCCUUGAAGGGUCUCAGGGGCCCUCCGGGGGUCCCCCGGAGGGCCUCGCAGGGCCUCAGCGGGGCCCCUGGGGUCCCCAGGAGGGUCUUAGAGAGCCUCAGGGGGCCCCACAGGGGCCCCAAGACAGCUUCAAGGAGGGUUUGGGGGGCCCCCCGGGGCCCCCUUUAGAGAGUGUAGAACAGCACCAUCAAACAAAGACCAAAAAGGGCACAGGAGAAGAAUGUGGGGCCUCAGGGGCCCCCAACUUUGAGGGGCCCCUUGAGACCCCCAGGCCAGAACAGGCCAGGGGGACCCCUGGGGCCCCUAACUAUGGAGGGGCCCCUGGGGCCCCUAACUAUGCCCCUGGGGCCCCUGACUAUGGAGGGGGCCCUGAGGGGCCCCCCCCUUGUGGGGGUUCUGGGGGGCCCCCUGAAUGGGCCAAAAGGGUAAAUGGAGCUCCAGAGGAAGAAGUUGUGGAGGAGACAAAAAGAUUACUUGAGGCCCUAAAGGCCUUAAUGCCGCAGGAGAAAACCGAUUGGAUUGUGGCAAUUUAA